AUGCAUCUCCCCUUGCUGGAGUUCUGUUUCCACCUGGCUGAGGGAGGCUGGGAGAAGGGGGCAGCGAGCCCCCUCUGUCUUGCCCCUCUUGGGCUUCCCUUGGUCCUUUCCUCCACCGUUCUCUCAACAGGCUGCUCAGGAGCUCCAGGCAAGGUGGCCCACCAACUGCUGCACCAGCUCUUUGCCAAUUACUCCAGCGCUCUGCGGCCAGCAGAGGACACGGAGCAGGCCCUCAACGUCACCCUUCAGGUCACCCUCUCCCAGAUCAUAGACAUGGACGAGAGGAACCAAAUCUUGACUGCUUACCUGUGGAUCCGGCAGGUCUGGGUGGAUGCUUACCUAAGAUGGAACAAGGAAGACUACGGGGGCAUUGACAGCAUCCAGAUUCCCAGCAGCUACGUGUGGAGACCCGACAUUGUCCUUUACAACAAUGCCGAUGACCAGUUCACCAGCUCCAUGGAGACCAACGUGGUGAUCCGUUGUGACGGGCAGAUCAGGUGGGACUCCCCGGCCAUUACCAAGAGCUCCUGCAAGGUGGACGUCUCCUAUUUCCCCUUUGAUGGGCAGCAGUGUCCCCUGACCUUUGGCUCCUGGACCUACAACGGCAACCAGAUUGACCUUCUCAGCAUGCAAGAGACGGGAGACCUGACGGACUUUGUGGAGAACGUGGAGUGGGAAGUGCUGGGGAUGCCGGCCAAGAGGAACGUCAUCACUUACGGCUGCUGCUCGGAACCUUAUCCAGAUGUCACCUACACACUGCUGCUGAGACGGAGGGCCUCCUUCUACGUCUUCAACCUUCUGUUGCCCUGCAUCAUGAUCUCCUUCCUAGCCCCCCUGGGCUUCUACCUUCCGGCAGACUCAGGCGAGAAGGUGUCCCUGGGGGUGACCGUCCUUCUGGCCCUGACGGUCUUCCAACUGCUUGUGGCUGAAAGCAUGCCACCCUCCGAGAACGUGCCCCUGAUUGGGAAGUACUACAUCGCCACCAUGACGAUGAUCACAGCCUCCACCGCCUUGACCAUCUUUAUCAUGAACCUCCACCACUGUAGCCCCGGGGCCAGGCCCGUCCCCAGGUGGGCCCGCAAGUUCAUUCUGCGGUACAUGGCCCGCAUCUUCUUCGUCUAUGAAAUUGGGGACAGCUGCAAGAGCACCCCGCAGGAGCUGGACCCACUCCCCCAAGUCCAGAGGGCCAACGGGCCUGGACCUCUUCCUAAGGAGGCGGAGCCUGAGGAACAACCGCCUUGCCCCAGAAAGAGAUGUUGGUGCCACCAGGAGAGCAUCCUUCAGAAUGUGGACUACAUCGCCAACUGCUUCCGAGAGCAGAAGGCUGCUUCCAGACGGAUGGGGGAGUGGAAGAAGGUGGCCAAGGUGAUGGACCGCUUCUUCAUGUGGACCUUCUUUGCUAUGGUGGCCAUCAUGAGCGUCCUGGUCAUGGGCCAAGCUGUGUGAUGCACGGCACCCAUUGUGUGGCAGGGAAAGGCAAAGGAGGACCCACACAAUUG